UGAAUGUUGUCAGUCAGAAACUCAAGGAGCCCUUAUGUUAUCGACGCUCAGGCUCCACUAAUGGAUUUUCUGGUGUGUACAUUGAGGAAUACUAAAAGAGUCUCAAAACAUAAAGAUAGACCUCGUGAAAUUAUUGCUGAACAAUGAUAUUUCUACAAGUUCUGCUGAUUCUGCCUGCAAUGUCUGUCUCAGGGAUUCCCACGUGGUACAAAGAAGCCAGACAAGCGUUUAUUGAUGAGGAGAAAGCCAUGAGAGUUGGCGCCAAACUGGUUCUUAAUGCCAACGAACAGUUAGUGAAUAAUUUUCUGAUGAAGUUAAAGAACGAAACCAUUCAGCAGAGUAUCUGGACCACCACGCCUUACCCUCCCUCAGUUAGUUUCUUUAAGAGCAAGCCCUGGAUAGACAACAGUACCAUCUUUCAGGUCAUUAAGAGGAUGCCUAAAGGUGGCGGCCUGCAUCUGCACGACACAGCUUUGGCUUCAUUAGACUGGGUGGUGAAAUCACUGACCUAUAUACCCAACCUGUACACCAAGGUCAUCGACGGUCGCUAUCCUCAACGCCGUUACAAAAUAGCGGACACGCAUCCUGGAAGUGAUUGGCAGUCUGUGUCUGAUCUAAGGAACUCUUUUAAUGAUUCAGCUGAGUUCGACAAAAGACUUGUGAGAGAGAUGACUAUCUGGGUGGAGAACCCUUUCCUUGCCUACCCCUCCAUCAAUGACGUCUGGACUAAGUUUGAAACCUACUUUACAACUAUAUACGAUCUGGUCGGAAAUCUAACAAACAUGCGACUGUAUCUUGAGGAAAGUCUUCAGGAAUUUUAUGACGACGGUGUUCAAUAUAUGGAAUUAAAAACUGUACCAUGGGUUGACUCUAACGGAAAUGACGUAACAGAUGACUACGUGGAGAUGGUACAGGAAGUGGCUAAUAAUUUCAAACAACAGCAUCCAGACUUCAUUGGGGUGAAGGUCAUAUUGGCAGGUCGAAGGUCACAAUCACAGCAAGCUGACGUGGUGAACAGGACACUGGCCCUGAUGAAGAAGUUCCCCGAUAUGGUCAAGGGAUUUGACCUUCUCCAGCAAGAGGACAACACACACAUGACUUAUGACUUCAUUAAUGAUUUAUUGAAAAGUGACCAUUCCGUUGUAUCAUAUUUUUUUCACGCUGGUGAGACAGACUGGACCCAGUGGGUGGAUCUUAAUCUCAUUGAUUCAGUGCUGCUGAAUGCCAGUCGUAUUGGACAUGGUUUCGCUGCAUACCAUCAUCCAAAAGUUCUGGAGGCGAUCAUAAAGAAAGGAAUCGCCAUUGAACUGAACCCAAUAUCUAACCAGGCCUUGGGCCUUGUUUAUGACCUGCGAAAUCAUCCCGGCGCAUUUCUCCUUGCCAAUGGUGCUCCAGUGGUAGUUAGUUCUGACGGUAAUCCAGUCUGGUUCGCUAAUCCGCUGUCUCAUGAUUUCUACAUGGCCUUCAUGGGUUUGGGAGCAGUCUACGAUGACCUGAAGCUUCUCAAACAACUGGCCAUGAACUCAAUCACAUAUAGCGCCAUGACUUCCGUAGAGAAGGUCGACGCUCUAGCAAAAUGGCAGAACAAAUGGAAUACAUUUAUUGUUGACGUCAUCUCCAUCUAUAAAUUAAGUUCUGUUGAUGAAAUAAUUGGCUGAAAAAAAGUUUUUCAAGGUCAAGCUAGCACAAAAAAAAAGCACAACUAAACAAACAAAAAAAACAGGACUUAAAUAAAUAAAAACUGAAAUACUCCUUGAAUGUUU